AUAGUAUAUUGUACUCCACAGAAGAAAUCUGGGCCGUCCAAACAAUGAUCCCCAAAGAAACUACAAAUACCAAGAUCUGAUCUUGAGAGCAAACCCUCUCUGUCAUUCUCUCGACCAAGCCAAUUUCUCUGUGAUCUCGUUCUACACUUUUCUUGGAUUGAAAAGAUGUUUGGGAGAGCACCAAAGAAGAGUGACAAUACAAAGUACUAUGAAAUUCUUGGUGUCCCAAAAACAGCAUCACCUGAUGAUCUGAAGAAAGCUUACAGGAAGGCUGCUAUCAAGAAUCAUCCUGAUAAGGGUGGCGAUCCUGAAAAGUUUAAAGAGCUUGCGCAAGCAUAUGAGGUUCUGAGUGACCCAGAGAAGCGUGAAAUCUAUGAUCAGUAUGGAGAGGAUGCUCUCAAGGAGGGAAUGGGUGGUGGUGGAGGUGGUGGCCAUGACCCAUUUGACAUUUUCCAAUCCUUCUUUGGUGGCAGCCCGUUUGGUGGAGGUGGCAGCAGCAGAGGACGAAGGCAAAGAAGGGGGGAGGAUGUCAUUCAUCCCCUUAAGGUUUCACUGGAAGAUCUUUGCAAUGGGACUUCCAAGAAGCUUUCCCUUUCACGUAAUGUAAUUUGUUCUAAAUGCAAGGGAAAGGGGUCCAAGUCGGGUGCUUCAAUGACAUGUCCUGGCUGCCAGGGUUCUGGAAUGAAGGUUUCUAUCAGGCACUUGGGCCCAUCUAUGAUCCAGCAGAUGCAGCAUCCCUGCAAUGACUGCAAGGGUACUGGAGAAACAAUCAACGACAAGGAUCGCUGCCCUCAAUGCAAAGGUCAAAAGGUUGUGCAGGAGAAGAAAGCAAUAGAAGUUAUUGUGGAGAAGGGUAUGCAAAACGGACAGAAGAUUACAUUCCCUGGAGAAGCUGAUGAAGCGCCUGACACGGUUACUGGGGACAUAGUGUUUGUGUUGCAACAAAAGGAGCACCCCAAGUUUAAGAGGAAGGGUGAUGAUCUUUUUGUUGAACAUUCAUUAACUCUCAGUGAAGCACUUUGUGGCUUCCAAUUUACUUUGACUCACCUGGACGGCAGGCAGCUUCUUAUUAAAUCCCAGCCAGGAGAAGUUAUCAAGCCAGAUCAAUUUAAGGGGAUAAAUGAUGAAGGAAUGCCAAUGUAUCAGAGGCCAUUUAUGCGAGGAAAGCUUUACAUUCACUUUAGUGUAGAUUUCCCAGAGUCCUUGACCCCUGAGCAGUGCAAAGCUCUUGAAGCUGUGUUACCUCCGAGGCCUUCAAUUCAGAUGACAGACAUGGAACUGGAUGAAUGUGAAGAAACAACACUGCAUGAUGUGAAUAUUGAAGAGGAGAUGCGUCGGAAACAGCAAGCUGCCCAAGAGGCAUAUGACGAAGACGAAGAUAUGCAUGGCGGUGCUCAGAGGGUGCAGUGUGCUCAACAAUGAUCAGCCUGUAGGAAUUUGUUUAGCGACACGGGUGUUGGAUCUCACCUUCUCACUCCUACCUCUGCAGAAUGCAAAUAAGAUAUCUAGUGUGUGUUGUCUCCUCAUAGGAUUUACUCUCGGAUUUAAUAUCGAAAAUGGUUGCUUUAACAUUUAAAUUGCAGACAUCUGGUGAAUUAGAACACUUGAGACGUGAUUUCAGUUGUGCUUGUUUGACCUAAUGUAUUUGGGUAGUUUUCUAUAA